GUUUACUAACCAAAGUUCAGUGUCCUCGGAGCUGUCGGGUCUCCAACAUGGAUGUGAAGGAGCUGGCUGUGAACGCGUUGGUCCAGAAUAAGAAGGCAGCUCUUCUGAUCGGAGCUGGUGUCGCUGUUCUGGGACUUGGUCUCGGAUAUAAAUACCUGAGGAAGUCAGAGAAAGUAGUCCGUGUAGGCGUAGUGUCGCAGCUCCUCGUUCACCCUCUCAAGUCUGGCAAAGCGGUGUCUGUGGCUCUGGCUGAGUGCCACAAACUCGGGCUGAAGUUUGGAGAGCUGCAGGAUCGACACUGGCUAGUGGUGACAGAGGACGGUCACAUGGUGACGGGCAGACAGCAGCCUCGCCUGGUGUUGGUGUCUCUGACCUGUGACGGAGGUCAUGUUUGUCUGAACGGCCCAAACAUGGAGGAGCUGCGGUUCCCCUUCAAACAGCCCGACAGCUCCGUCAUCGACUGCAGAGUGUUUGGAAAUGACAUCCAGGGGCGGGACUGUGGUGACGAAGCGUCUCGUUGGCUCACUCGUUAUCUGGGGGAAGAGGACACCUUUCGCUUGGUGCACUUUGAGCCCCAGAUGAGGGCGAGGAACCCUGUGGAGAGCGAGCCCAUGUGCCCACAGUUUGAGGUGGCGUAUCCAGAUGUGGCACCUGUGAUGCUGCUGUCCGAGUCCUCUGUCAAGGAUCUCAGCAGCAAGUUGGAGAAGGAAGUCACGGUGGAGCGUUUCCGCCCGAACAUUGUCAUCAGUGACUGUGAAGCAUUCGAUGAGGAUUCGUGGGAAGAGGUCCAGAUUGGCAGCGUGAGACUGCAGCGUGUUAUGUCAUGUGGACGGUGUGUUUUCACCACUGUUGACCCUGAAACUGGUAUCAUCACCAGGAAAGAGCCUCUGGAGACACUGAAGAGCUAUCGCCAGUGCAAACCGUCUGAGAAGCACAUCUACAAAUCGUCCCCGCUGUUUGGACAGCUGCACACCGUGAAGGAGACGGGCAUCCUGCAGGUCGGAGAUGUGGUGUACAAGAUCAGCCGCUGAUGGAGGGAAUCAGAGAAGGAAAAACAUGCAGACAAACAUCUCUUCACUGUGUUUGAAGUGGAAAGAAAUCCUUGUUAUCGGCAUUAUCACUGUGAAAUCAUUUUACUCAUUAACACUAAAACAAAGCACUUAAAUACUUUUUUAAAUCACAAAAAGUACAAAUAUGUAACUCUUUCUGAAGUAGAGCUGCGAUUCACACACAGAUGAAGAGAUAACAUGCAAUAUAACAGUUUUUAUAGCAAUAUAUUUUUUAUAUUAAUUGUCUAUGACAGUUGUAACACUAAUGGUGCUAAUUUAACACAUUUCUAACAGCUGCACAUUAAUUUCACUGAUAAUCAAACUCUGAAGUACAUGCUGCUAUUAAAGAGAGAUAUUAAACUG